UGUGUGUGUGUGUGUGUGUGUGUCCAGCUGACAUCACUUCCUCCAGCAACAUCGAGCAGUGUCUGAAGGAGGCGGCCUACAUGAAGGACUUCCACCAUCCCAACGUCAUCCAGCUCAUCGGAGUGAGCCUCCACCGGCGGCCGGGCCUGCGGCUGCCGGUCCCGAUGGUCAUCCUCCCGUUCAUGAAGCACGGCGACCUGCACACCUUCCUGCUGCUGUCCCGCCUCGGAGAGCAGCCGUUUGACUUGUCCCUGCAGACUCUUCUGCAGUUCAUGUUGGACAUCUCUCGGGGGAUGGAGUACCUGAGCAGCCGGAGCAUCAUCCACAGAGACCUCGCCGCCCGAAACUGCAUGUCAGUGCACCAAUCAGCUCGCACGAUCUUCAAACACACACACACACACACACACACACACACACACUCUCAG